AGGUCCUCAUGUCUGUCCAGGAAACUUUACAGUUCAAACGAUUCACAGAAGAUGUUCAUCAAGCAGACCAUGUGUCAACUACAAAGAGGAUUGUCCUGCUGGGAAAAUCUGGAUCUGGGAAAAGCAACCUAGCUAACACCAUAUUUGGUCAAGCAGAAACCAAAUCUGUCGACACUCCUGGUUUCUUUGACACAGAAAGGUCUGAGGACGACAUGAAGCCUGAGAUAGUGAGCUGUAUCACAGAGUGCGCUCCUGGGCCUCAUGCUUUUCUCAUUGUGCUGAAAGUGGACAGAUUCACAGAGCAGGAGCAGGCUGUCAUCAACAAAAUAUGUCAAUAUUUUUCUGAAGAUGCUCUAAAAUAUGCUGUCACUGUCUUCACUCAUGGUGACCAGCUUCCUGAAGGGAUGGGAAUUGAAGAGUUUGUCAAUCAGAACAAGAAUCUGAGUGAUCUGGUGAAGAAGUGUGGAGGCCGGUGCCACGUCAUUGAUAAUAAAUACUGGAAGAACAAACAGCAGAACAACUACAGGAGUAACCAGUUCCAGGUGGAGGACCUACUCAACACAAUAGACAAGAUGGUGAUGGAAAACAAUGGGGGCUGCUACACCAAUAUGAUGUUUGAAACAGUAGAGAAAGAAAUACAGAGAGAGGAAGAGAACAUUAGACAGUCAUCAGGAAACCUGCCAGUGGAAGAGAUCAGAAAACAGGCUAAAACCAGAGUGUAUCAGAGAGUAAUGAUCCAACGAAGCAGUGUUUGGAGCUUUUUUUGGUGUGGCAGCCAUGGUCGGGUUAGUUAUCACAGCUAUAAAUAGCUAUAAAGGAUUAAUGACACUUGUGAAAAGAAUUCCAGCAGUGGGAGGAGCAGCCGUAGUAGCAGGAGGAGUAGAAGCAGCAGGACUGACAGCUGCCGGAGUGGUGGUAGGUGUGUCAACAGCAGGCUUGGCUGCAACAGGAGGAGUAAUGGGUGGUAUGAUUGGACACAAUGCAGCUGAGGGAGCAAAAACACCAUUGGAGGCAGCAUAGUUGGCAGGUAAGGCUGUCAUGGACAAAGGAAAAGCCACUUGGGAGCAGCGGAGCAACAUGAAGACAUGAAUAUUUGUGUUUGACUUCAUGUGCCACUUUUCAGCGCUGAAUUAACGUAAUGCGUGCUGACUUAACAUAAAGCAUGCUGGUUAAAAAUGUUGUCAGACUUUAACCGGCACUGUAAAAUGUCCCCAUGUCACAUGACAUUAAAAGUACUCUGGAGCAAAGCAGCACACAUAAAAUGGCGGGAUGUUGUAGUGAACAACGGUGUGGAUUUGUGCAUUUUACAUUGAAUAAAUUUG